AUAAUUGUUUGAUUAAAUCUUGACAAUAUUUUAAGUCUUCACUUAUUACAAACCAAUGAAAUGAGAUUGUUUUAAUCUGAGCAAUCACGUUACUUUGAUUAACCAAUAGAAACACUGAACAAACCCCAAGCUGACAGGAACAUCUCAAAUAAAUACCCUGUCAUUACUCAUUGCCAUCAUGUCAUCUUUCACUCAAUGUCUUCGAAUUGUGAAAGUAACUUCUCAAAAUUUGAAAUGGAAAACUCAACUACCAGUGCUGCCAUCUACGACCAAGAUAUCCUGACUUUGACACCAACAACUACACUGUCAGAUGUUGUCGCUGCCACCAUUCACGACAUCAGCAGUGAUAAUGAUAGUAGUUGUCUAGACCAAUACCUUGGUACCAAUGCAAGCAGUAACAGAGACCAGCAUCUAACUGCUUCAGAAUCAUCCUGCCAGUACCUGUCUAAUGAAGCUCCACCACCUGCACAUAACAACCAUGAACUGUCAAGCAACUAUGCAUAUCAUAAGUCAUGUCAGUACCAGUCAAAUACAGCCAUGGUUACACCAACAAACAAGCGUCGACCAUCACCAAUUCAAACGACACCAUCAUACUUCAGUCCGAGUGGUGACAGCAGAUUCAACGACUCACUAUCAGGUCUACUAGGAUCACCACCACCAGAUAGCCCACUUGCAAGCAACCCAUUUUUUGGUGAUUUGCAGUAUGUACUCGCUAACGAAUGUAAGACUACAACAAAAUCAAUGCCAGAUUCGCUGAUGUUGACCAUGACAACUCAACCACAGCCAGAUGUAUUCUACAGAGAACAAUUGCUCCAGUCGAGGUUCAGCAAGUUGGAGCCAAGAUUUCCACAAGAUGUUAAGCAACUUUCAAACUUUUAUCGGUACCAAGCAGCCAUCGUAGAAACCGACAGAUUUCGCACUCUGCAUCAGCAGCCGUAUUAUGCUGACUACCAAAGAUCACUCAAUAGAUACUUCGAUACACAGUUACAUCAAUUCAUGGAAAGAGUAGAAAAGAGCCUGACGCUUCUAGAGGAGUCCACAGCUGUCAUCCGACAACAACCAUCCAUCAUCAAACCACGCCCACAACUAUCAAAGAAAGCUAUCCGGGUAAUGGAAGACUGGUACGAAAAUCAUCUAGAACAUCCAUACCCAUCAGGAACAGUCAUUGAUCAGAUAGCAGUGCAGGGUAAUGUCACAGUCGAGCAAGUAAAGAAGUGGUUCGCCAACAAAAGGAACCGCAGUAACAACACUCGUACAUUGACAGAGAUUGCCCGUCAGAAACGUCGCCGUGCUAUGCAGAAAAUGUUAUGAACUUUAUAGUGACUAUCGAACUAUUAAUCUAGUGCUACUGUUUGUUAUUAAUGUUAUUGCUUAUUGUUAAUGAAUUGAUACUA